AUGACGAUCUUGUCUCUCGCCAACGUCCAUCGAGUGUUCCUUAGUUUCCGAGGAGAACAGUUGCGAUACAGCUUCAUCAGCCACCUUGUUGACGCCUUUGAGAGAUACGGAAUCUUGUUUUUCGUAGACAAAGACGAGCCAAAGGGAAAAAACAUGACAAAUCUCUUUGUAAGGAUCAAAGAGUCCAAGAUCGCACUAGUCAUCUUCUCUAGCAGGUAUGCCGAGUCGAGCUGGUGCAUGGAUGAGCUUGUGAAGAUAAAGAAACGUGUGGAUAAAGGAAAGCUUCAAGUCAUACCAAUCUUCUACAAGGUUAGGGCAAGAGAUGUGAGAGGACAGACCGGUGAGUUUGGUGACAAGUUCUGGGAGCUUGCAAAGGCUUCUGGAGGAGAUCAAAUCAAGGAGUGGAUGGAAGCCCUUGAGUGUAUCUCCAACAAGAUGGGUUUGUCCUUGGGAGACAAAAGGUAUUAUUACUAA